AUGGCUGACAGUCUGCAGCACAGCCAACUCUCAACCAUCCUGAAUGCUCUUGCUUCGAUAGAUCGCCGCCUCAGUCGUAUUGAGAUGGCGUUGAGAGUUCCAGGUCCCUAUAACUCAGCCGCUGCACUGCCGGGUCCUUCAUCGCCCCCAGACAACCCUGCGUCAGCAGUCCAGGCGGUACAGCACCGCGCGACAGGCCCCUCAGCGCAGCAUGUGCUCCAGCAACAGCACCACCAACAGCAACAGCAGGCUCAGACUACUGGGCUUCUUAAAAGCGCGUCUGAUACCAACCCCAUGAACAGCGCGCCCGUCAACACCACCACCUUCACCCCGCUGGAACCACCCCCACAGGGGUAUAUCAUAUCGUCGAGAGCCAGCAUGCAGGAGGUGCUGGACCAGUGGACUCUGCCACGAGGCUACAGCAUGCGCAUUGCCGGUGUCAAAGUGUCAGGCAGGCGCAAGGUGCGCUGGGUGUGUUUCCGCGGCGGCGAAGCCCGGCUCAACCGGGACCGCGCUGACCGCGGGCGCGCGAACGAGUCGGAGCUGGACCGGGCCAGGGCCGAGGGCCGCCGGAAGCCCACGACCGACCGGACGAGCAAGAAGUGCGGGUGCAUGUUCAAAUUCGAGCUGGUCGAGACGACCAAGGACAGCGAUGUGUGGUUUCUGCACUAUCCGAAUGACGAGUACAAGGUGCACAACCAUGGGCCAUCUGACACGAAGAGCGACCCUCGAGCGAGGAAGUUGCCCUCGUACAUGCUGGCGGAGGUGGAUCAGUGGUUGAGGGACGGGUGGCUGAUCCCGUGUUAUCGGCGAUUCAGCGGGCCCUGA